CCACAUCGCAUUCCCCGAGAUAACCACCAUAUUCCCUCUCAUUCCUCGCCGAACGCCCACGCACACCCCCAUGCGCGCCAAGAAUUAGCCAACCAACCAAAUUCACCGCUGCUACUGUAUAAACUACUAAACCAAUCUUCUCAAAAAUUAAGUAAAAAACUCAACUCAUCAUAAACCCAUUCAAACACCACCGCGGCACCACCACUACGCUUCCGUCCCAAAACCCUAAUAACCGAAUGUUCACGAAUCGAUUAGAAACAGUGUAAUGGCCACCGACGAACAUGACAAACCAAUCCAGGAAGUCUUGUCCUUCCCGAUCCUCCUAUCGGACCGGAUACGGACGGCGGCCGACGACGCCGGCACUUUCAAGGCCGACUGCGCCGAAGUGGCGAAACAGGUCGACCGCAUCGCCCACAUGCUCCGGUCCGCGGUCCGGUUCGCCGCCUCCUCCCUCUACGAGAGGCCAGUCCGCCGCAUCCUCGCCGAGGUCUCCAGGACCCUGGGCCGGUCCCUGAAACUGGUCAAGAGGUGCAAGCGGCGGCGGCGCCUCCUCCUCUGCCUCGGCCGCGUAGCCCGGUCCGAUUUCCGGAAGCUCCACGGCCUCCUCGAGGCUUCGGCCGCCGACAUGCGGUGGCUCUUGGGGAUCCUCGACCGCGACUCCGGUAUCGUUCUCUCUCUCCCCCCCAUCGCUAGCACCGACCCGAUCCUGUCCUUCGUCUGGUCCUUCGUCGCCGCUCUCCACUGCGGAGAGCCGGGCGAUCGAAUCGAGGCCGCGAGCGAGCUCUCUUCGCUCGCGCGGGACAACGACAGGAACAAGCAGAUUAUAGUGGACGAAGGCGGGGUUUCGCCGCUGUUGAAUCUGUUGAAGGAGGGCUCGUGUCCCGAUGCCCAAAUUGCGGCCGCAAACGCGUUGUUCGAGGUGGCCGAUAGUUGGGAUAGGGUUAGGUUGAUGGGUAAGGAGCAAGGGAUUUUUUCGGUUGUAGUUCAGGUUUUGGGGAAGUCCCCGAUGAGGGUCCAGAUUCGGGUGGCGAAUUUGAUUUCUAGGAUGGUGGAACUAGACCCGGAAUCGCAGGAGGAUUUCGCUAGGGAGAAUGUGAUUAGGCCGCUUGUGACGCUGUUGUCGUUUGAGACUUUUGUGGAUGGGGAGGAACGGAAUCCUACAUUGGGUAUUCACCCUGUUGUUAAAAUUAAUAAGGAGAUGGAGAGGAAUUCGGAGAAUCCGAAACAGGGACAUCAUUUGAGUUGGUCUUGGUCUUUCUGUUCGGAUGGUAGUAAUGGGAAUUAUAGGAAGGAGAGAGAGAAUGAGGAUCUGGAAGUGAAGCUUAAGUUGAAGAUUGCUUGUGCUGAAGCUUUGUGGAUGGUUGCUAAAGGGAGUGUGUUGAAUAGUAGGAGGAUAACCGAAACCAAAGGGCUGCUUUGUUUGGCUAAGCUUGUUGAGAAGAGUCAAGGGGAGUUGCAAUUUAAUUGCUUGAUGGCGAUUAUGGAGAUAACAACUGCUGCUGAGUUGAGUGUUGAUCUUCGACGUGCAGCCUUUAGGAAUAACUCUCCGGCUGCCAAAGCUGUGGUGGACCAACUCCUGAGGCUGAUUAAGGAGUUUGACAGUCCAUCGCUACAAAUUCCGUCUAUAAAGUCAAUUGGGUCAUUGGCUCGUACAUUUCCCGCUAGAGAGACCAGAACUAUUGCUCUCCUAGUUGAGCGGCUUUGUCAUGCGAAUCAAGAUGUGGCAACAGAAGCUGCUAUUUCCCUGGGGAAGUUUGCUUGUCCGGAGAAUUUUCUUUGUGUUCAGCAUUCUAAGACAAUAAUUGAGUUCAAUGGGGUUCCACCUCUGAUGAGACUGUUGAGGGCUGGCGAGCAGGCGCAGUUGCAUGCACUGAUUCUCCUUUGCUACCUUGCAAUGCAUGCUGGAAACACUGAGGAUUUGGAACAAGCAAGGGUGUUGAUUGCUCUAGAGGGGGUGGACCAUACAGUGGUACCUCAAAAUCACGAGCUAAGAGAAUUGGUACCAAAGGCAAUUUAUCAUCUCAAUCUGUAUCAAGCCAGUGUCCAUCCUCAGAGACAGCCUUAUGCCCCAUAAGUACCAUUUGAGCAUGUUGGAAGCCCAAUUCUCUAUAUUUGCUAUUCCUACACUAGCUUAGUACAUAUUGGAAAGAAAAUGACAAGAACCAAAAAGAAAAAACAAAGAGGGCAGGGAUACAUAAACAGUGUUUCAUUUGCAAAUUAUUGAUUUACCUAAAAGGAGAAAUGCACUAAAGUGCGAUAAAUUCUUUUAAUGAAGAUUACAUGGACCCAUAUCUUGUUAGCUGCUCAAAUUGUGAUGGGUUUGUUGGGUUUUGUCAACAAGAUGCUACAAAUUUUUGUUUGACU